AUUUUUUUAAUUUAAUUAACAAGGUAUGAUACUGUUUUUUAUACUUCAUUGAGCCGGUGUAUAGUAAUAUAAACUUACCCAGUUUGGGUUUUAGAAAAGAGAUCAUGAGCACAACGGAAAUCGAAGAUUUGACUGCAAAAAUGUCCAUAAACAGUCAAAGUGUUAAGAAACGUGAGGAUUACAUUGACUGGCAGGAGUAUUUCAUGGCUAUAGCUUUUUUGGCGGCUAAGCGUAGCAAGGAUCCCAGCUAUCAGGUGGGAGCCUGUGUUGUUAAUAAGGAUAACAAAAUUGUAGGCAUUGGAUACAAUGGUAUGCCAAUAGGCUGCAGUGAUGAUGACUUUCCUUGGGGUAAAAGAACAGAAUGUCCUUUGGAUGACAAACAUUUAUAUGUGUGUCAUGCAGAAAUGAAUGCUAUAUUAAAUAAAAAUUCAGCAGAAGUGAAAAAUUGCGCCAUCUAUGUAGGCCUGUUUCCUUGCAACGAGUGUGCCAAGAUCAUUAUACAAUCUGGCAUCACUGAAGUUGUCUAUCUUUCUGAUGAGAAAAGACACAAGAAAGAAUUUAUAGCCUCAAAGAAAAUGUUCGAUGCUGCUGGAAUUAAAUAUACACAAUUUAUACCAAAGAGAGCAAAAAUAGAAAUAAACUUUACUGGAAUUGAUUGGGACAGCAUGAGCCCAUCAAAAUGAAUUACGCUUCAUAUCUUGCAUAAUAUUUUAGUUAGUACCAAUCUCGGAUUUGUGAUAUUUUGUAAUAAUCAAGUACAAUUACUUACAACUAUUUUCUAAGGAAUAUUGUGAUACCUUAAAAUAAAACAGAAAUGUAAAUAAAUUUGUAAAAUAAAAUUUAUUACUUUAUGUACAAGUUGACAGGGGUAGUAUUACUCCAAUAUGUGGAUAAAACAAAAGACCAACAUAGCUGUUGAAUAAACAUACUGACUGAAC